AUGGGACCAGCGAGUCUCCUCAAGGUCACUACGGCGGCUUUGAUCUUCUCGACAUCUGUCUUAGCAGAAAGACAUCCCGCCAGCAAUGGCAAUGCCACUCAACAAGUCGUCGUCGUUGCCAACAUCGUGGGUGGCGGGCCCCUCGAUCUGGAUCAGAUCCAGAAAUAUCGUUCUCUGCUCGGUGACUACCCUCAGAACCCGAAGCCUGUCCCCAGUGCCAGUGCCAGUGGCUGCAACGGCGCUGCAUCUGCAACAGGGCAUGUUCUCGACCAAAUGUACAAAUGGGCCGACGUGCUGAACGGUCUUCUACCCGCAACCCCAGAGGCACUUUGCUCGGAGAGAUGUCUUAGCUGUGCACCUGGCUGUGACCCGAUUUGCUGUACGGUCAGCGAGACCAGUUCGUCUUCGUCUCCCUGCAUGGCAGAAGGGAAGACGCCGAAGCAAGGUAGCGAGACAUCACCAGGAAAUGCCCCGUUCGGUCCACCACCGCCAUUGCCAUUGCUCGGAUGUCCCUGCCACUGCGAAGCCAGUUGUCCUGCAAACAUCCAAGCGAUCUGCUGUGUCACGCCAGGUUCUGGGGCAGGGAAACCAGCUCCCGAUGAUGGUGGUGGUGAUGGCGGCAACUCGACCUCUCCAGCGAAAGUACAGCCGCCAGAACAGAUUGAUCCAAAUCCCGCCGACGACCAGGGCAGCGAGCCUGAUUCGCCGCAACCUCUACCACUGCUCGGAUGUCCAUGUCAUUGUGAAGCUAGUUGUCCUGCAAAUAUCCAAGCGAUCUGCUGCGUCACACCGGGUUCCGGGGCAGCGAAACCAGCUCCCGAUGAUGGAAGUAGUGGUUCAACGCCUCCUGCUUCACAAGCAGACGCACAAGUACAAGCAGAGCCACCAAAACAGACAAGUCUAACACCGGCCAACCACGGCACCAGCAGCGGAGCCACCAGCGGUGCUGGAACCGGACACGACCUCUUCGGUCUCCCGCAACCUCUGCUCGGCUGUCCAUGCCACUGCGAAGCCAGCUGUCCUCCGAACAUCCAGGCGAUAUGCUGCGUCACGCCUGGUUCUGGAGUUGCCAAACCGGGUCCUGAUCCCGAGGAUGGCAACAACGACAACAACAACAAGAACAGUGGUUGGCGUGAUGACACUACUCCUCCUCCAAGUCAGAACCAGAACAAUCAAAAACCCCUUUUCGACAACAAUGCGAAACCUCACCCGAACCCGAAACCUCGUUCAAAUGUCGGUGGUCGUCCCAACAUCCCCAGUGCAGGUCAGAGUCCAUUGCUCGACUGUCCAUGCUACUGCGAAGCCAGUUGUCCGGCCAACAUCCAAGCUGUGUGCUGCUAUACGCCUGGAUCGGGAGCAGCGGCGGCGGCGGGGGCGAGUAGUGAGAGCGACGAAAACGAAGCCAAAUCCAAAACUGGGAUCGACGAAGAUGAAGGCAGAGCAGAUGCAGAUGCAGAUGCAGAAGUAGAUCAGAAUCCUCCCCAAUCCGCCACUCUUCCCACUCAAUACGACGACGCCGUGACGCUCGUGACUCAAACAUCAACAGGCCACCCAGUCUCCGUCCUCGCGGGAAUCAAUCUGACCAUCUUCGACAGUUUCGUCACCAUGGAUCUAGUGAACGGCCUACAGCGCGGCGAAGAGAUCAUAUUCAACACCGACUCCAGGACGUUUGAGAUUGUGUUGAAUAUUGUUGCUGUUCUUGCCAGUGGUGAUGGUGGCAGUGUUGCUGGUGGUGGCAGUGAUGACCAGCUUGACUCAGCUGGAAUUUUAACUCUAGGGCAAACAGAACAGCGUUGUCUCAAGCAGAGUUUCAGAGUCAUUGAUGGGUCGGGCCUGUGGGAGCGGGACCAGGUCAUGUUGGGCCUCGGUGCUGCAGCAAGGAUGGGCGUUUUGGGGGUCAAGAAGGAGGGUCUGAACCGGGUGGCGCUGGGCGUGCCGAUUCUUACGGGGACGAAGAGAGUUGUGGUGCAUUGA